CGGAGCGCCUGGCCGGAGCGCCCCGGGGAGGGAGAAGCGCUGCAGGGAAGGAAGCGCAGCUGGGCGCCAGGACGCACCGGCUGUGUCUCGGGGAGACGGGGCCCCCAUGGAGCUGCUAGCCCUCUUUUGGCACCCUGUCUGGGUGCCUUGCACCCUGGUCCUGUCCGUGGUGCUCUGGGCAGGGAGGCGAGCGUGGAGACCAGCGGCUUGUCCCGUGGAUCUGCGUGGCAAAACCGCCGUGGUCACUGGAGCCAACAGUGGGAUUGGCAAGUGCGUGGCUCUGGACCUGGCGCGCAGGAAUGCCCGGACCAUCCUGGCGUGCCGCAGCCGAGAGAGAGGGGCAGCAGCCGUGGAGGAGAUCCGCAGGGCCACGGGGAACCCCGACGUCCACCUGCGCAUCCUGGACACCAGCUCCAUGGAGUCAGUGAGGAGCUUCGUCAGGCAGUUCCUGGAGGAAGAGGGGCGGCUGCACAUCUUGGUCAACAACGCCGGCGCAGCAGGUUUGCCCUUCAAGGUCACCCCUGAGGGACUGAGCCUGAUGUUCGCCACCAACUACCUGGGCCACUUCCUGCUCACCAACUUGCUUCUAGACACCCUGAAGGCCUCGGCCCCUUCGCGCAUCGUCAACGUCUCCUCCUUCCGACACCACCAGGGGAAAGCGAACGUCCAGUUCCUGAGCGGAAAGGAGCAGCCCAAGAACUUUGACAAGGGCUAUUGUAGCACCAAGCUCAUGAAUGUCCUCUUCACGGUGGAGCUGGCCCGGAGGCUGCAGGGGACGGGAGUGACCGUCAAUGCUCUGAACCCAGGCCUCGUCCACACGGAGAUCAUGCAGAACUACAGCUGCUGGGUUCGCCUCCUCUACCAUCUCAUGGGCAUCCUCUUCCUCAAGUCACCAAGGCAGGGCUCCUUCAGCACCACGUACUGCGCUGUGUCUGAAGAAGUGGAGGGCAUCUCUGGGAAGUACUUUGACAGCGACUGCAGCCUGGCACUGCCCUCGCCCCUCGCCCGAGAUCCUGUCGUCGGCCGCAAACUCUGGGAGGCUUCCGAGAAGCUGGUAGGCUUGGAUGAUGGCGGAAGGGAGCCUGCCAGCGCCAAGGUGGCCUAGGCUGGCCUGCGAGAAGGAAACAGGGAAUCACACUGCUCCCUAUGGUGGCAGAGCAGGACUCAUGUCUGCCAGCAACGAUCCUGGAUGCUUGCUCCAGUUUUUUCCUCACCUGGACGGACUGCUUGGGAUCUCUGCAGAAGCAGCUGCCUCCUGCUGCUCUCCCACUUGAUAACCGACAUUAGGGGAAAGACCAGAAAGUUAUUUGGGGUUGUUGUUGUUGUUUAGUCGUGGGGGAGGGAGACAGUGGUCCUGAAGGUAGGAAUCUGUCAAGUGCUGAAGAUGAUCAUCCAAAUGUCAAGGACCAAAUGGAGCAAACAGCACACAGACAUAGUGGUGGGAGGAAAAUAUCCUUAAAUAAGAGACAUGAGGGAAUGAUCAAUGGAGUUCAAUGUCUGUAUACUAAUGCACAGAGCAUGGGAAAUAAACAAGAUGAACUUG